CUUAGUAAUUUUUUCAUAUUUUAGGUAUAUAAUCUUAUAAUUCAUUUCAAUUUGGUAGCAAAAGAUGAUUAAAAUACCUGCUGCUGGUGGUUAUGAUCAACUUGUGUAUACUGACCUACCAGAAUGUGGAUAUACUGAAGGAGCUAAUAUUAAACUGGAUGGCCACGAUGAAACAAACUGUGUGGUUGUUGAAACGCAUGCAUGUGGUGUGAAUUAUGCGGAUGUGAUUAUUCGUUGGGGAUUAUAUGAGUCUGCCAAAAAAUAUGUGGGUUGGCCCAUAACACCUGGCUUUGAAUUUAGUGGAAUAAUUAAAAAAGUUGGUGAAAAUGUUAAAGAUUUCAAAGUUGGUGAUAAGGUUGCUGGCGUUUCCAUGUUUGGUGGAUAUUCACAGAAGAUAUUUGUUCCUGCUAAUCAAAUUCAGAAGAUACCUGAUAACAUUAGUAUGUCUGAAGCUGCUGGUUUUAUUGCUGUGGGCUUGACAGCAUGGUAUGCAAUAUUUGAGCUAUGUAAACUGCGUAAAGGUGAUAGCGUAUUGAUACACUCUGCUGCAGGCGGUGUGGGCAGCAUGUUAGUGCAAAUGACUAAAAAUAUAAUUGGAUGCCAUGUGGUUGGUGUGGUUGGUAGAAGUCACAAAGUUGAUAUUGCUAAGGAGUUAGGAUGUGAUUCUGUUAUUGAUAAAUCAACUCAGGAUUUAUGGACAACAGCAGAAGACUUGACAGUUUCGGGUUACAGGGCGAUAUUCGAUGCAAAUGGUGUUGACACAUUGCAAGAAAGUUACAAUCACGUAGCGCAAGGUGGAAGGCUGGUGUCAUUUGGAGGUGCUACUUUAAUGCCACGAUCUACAGCUACAGGUACCGGGAGUGUUCGAGUAUCUGAUUGGAUAAAGAUGAUGUGGAGAUACAAGAAUUCACCCACAUUCAAUCCAAUGACGAUGAUGUCUGACAACAAAAGUGUAAUGGCGUUCAACUUGAGCUUCAUGUUUGGUGAUAAAAAUCUGAUUAAGGAGUCAUUUAGCGAUUUAUUUCAGUGGAUUGAAGAUGGAAGGAUUAAAGUUGCUAAGGUGACGGAAUAUAGACUGAAAGAUGUCGGCACGGCGCAUCGAGAUUUAGAAUCAGGAAACACGAUCGGUAAGUUGGUCUUGCUUACCCAAGAGGAGAGUAAGGAGACGACGAAAGAACAAGCGCAGAGUGAUGACACUGAAUCGCAUGGCUUGUUGAAACAUGAAAGUGAACAAAUGCAACAACUAAAUAUAGCUGAGUAAACGAGGCACGAUUCAUGUCUUUCAGCAUUUCUAUUGAGAUAAAUGAUCUUGAUAAUUCGAAUGACGGUGGUCGUACUGAAAGUAGAGGUGAAAGUUAUUGAAUGUCAUUUUCUUAAUUCACAUGUUAAUUUGCGCAUCUAAUAUGCGCGCACUUGUUUAACGCGCACGCAUAUUUUCGCCGCAUCGACAUUGCGCGACACGCCUGUAAAAGUAAAGUUAACGUAUGGCAAAAAAAGUCAGAAAGCUUCAAUCCCAGAAGUUAAUGGACGCUAAAAAUAGUGAUUUUAUUUUUUUUUUUUAUUUGAUUUUUAAAACACGCGAAGUAAUUAUAUUGGAUUGACACAAAAUGUAAAUAUAUAGUUAGAGAAUAUAUCCAUAUUUUUGAAA